ACGGUCGCUAUGACAAAGGGUGGCAUCACUGGGGACGUGUUGGAAGCACGGACGGUGCAGCGCUCGUUGAUAUGACGCCAUUUUACUAACCUUUUCGUCGCGUACCGCAGUCAGUCACUCGGAGUCGCCGAAAAGCCUCGCGCUACGUGCUGCACGUCACGCAGCCGAUCGCACCGUCGCACGGACGACCCUCGACGCUUGAUUCGCGUUCUGCGAAAGUAAACCACUGUAACAGUUUGCACUAUUAUGGAAGAUGAGGAUGGAGAAAGUAAAGUUAUAGAUAUGUGGAAUAGAUAUGUGGAGGAGCAUCGACUCAAUGAUUCCACUCUAAGCAAUGCAUUAAAACAUUCCAUUGACAAUUUAUACACUGAUGUAAUCGAGGAUAAGAAACAGUUGAUAUGCUACAAUUCGAUCGUAGCAAAAGAUUCACCAGGUAAAAAUAUUACUGCAGGACCAAAAUUCAUAUUUAAGGGUUUCAAGAAACGCAUCUUGGCCGAGGCUCGGGAAGUCCCCAUCACUGCGCCAAAGAACGUUCAGGAACUGCGACGACCGACGCACCCCAAUGUCAGGAUCGUCAAGAAUAAAGAAGUGGAGAGGAAGCGAAAGCGUAAGAUAACGGAAUACGCUCAGUAUCUGGGUCUCCAACCAUCUACGAAAUACAAGUGCUCCAAGUGUCACAUGUGGUUUAGCUCCGGACCUAAUUCGAAACAGAACUCGUGUGCUUGUAAUCCUAGCAUGACGCCAAUGCCCAGUACCUCCGAUUCGAGUGCCUCGGUGCCACAUGCCAGUAUCUUCAAGAUCUCAAGGAAAGUUUACUUGUGCUCGGCGUGUGACACGUACUUCGAAAAUUGGAACUUGUUUUUACACAUGAGGGAUAUACACAAGCGUCACAUAUGUCUCUUUUGCCUGGGCAUGUUCGGCCAGGCGGAAAGGCUGUCUCACCAUCUCAUGAAGAAGCACAAUGUCCCAGAGAUAGCGUUUUCUUCGACGGAGGAUUUCUAUAAUAUUUUCAAGGGCUCGUGCUAUCUGAUAUGUUGCAGUUGCGAAAAAUUGUUCUCGGAAACUGAUGACUUCUCCAAUCACUUUUGCUCUCCGGUAUUAGAACAGGAUACAACCGUCACUGAUGCAUCGACGUGCACUAUUUGCAGACAAACUGGCACGCAUGCGAGUACCUGUACUGUUACGCUACCAUCGGAUACAAAUAAAGAAUUAUGUGGUACAACAAUGCCGUUGACGAUCGCCAAUGCUACAUGUACGGACAAUGCAUCACCAGCAGCCGUUCCUCCAUCAGAGAUACCUACUAAUCUCGGAGGUAAAGGAUUACCGAGAAAAUCGAUAAAAUACAACAGGAGGAAACGUGGUGAAAAAGAUACUGUGCAAAAUUUUCGCCAACAAAAAUCAGUACUGGCGAGAAAGCUCGGCGCGAAUACCCAAUGUAACGAGAAUCAACUUGACUGCGAUCUUGAUGUCCAAAGAGAAGUUGCAAAUAACUUACCUAGGGAUACAGUUACCGAGACGAUAAUGGAAGUGUCUAGGUACACGGGUGGCAAUAUAUUCGACGAGAAUGAUGAGAACGAUGAACAAGCGAUGAAUAAAGACAUAGGUAAUAAUCGCGAGAAAGGAUCAGGAGCAAAGUCAUCAGUUCAAAAUUGCCAACUUGAUUUUAGUGAACCUUACGAUAGUGUAACGGAAACCAUCAUGGAAGUAUCACGUUAUAUAGGAGAAGAAGAUAAAAGGGAGACAGAAGAAACAAUGAGCACUCCGAACUCAUGUACGUCAAAAGAUGCGUUAACACAUGCGGUUGAAAAGACGAAUACCGAAGACGAAGGAACAUGCGACAAGAGCAACAUUGAUCCGUCAUGCUUGGCUAGUCCGAGAGCAUCUAGCCCAGUACAGUUGGACACUGAAGAGACUAUAACUACGGAGACAAAUGUGAAUCUUACGUGCGAAACCGAAACCAAAAGUAGAUCUCGUUCGUACGAUAGUCCGCAGGAUGCGCGAAGUUGCAGUCCCCUCAACCGAUCAUUAUUUAGUCCACAGCAUGAAUUGCACAUGUCGGAUUCACAAUCCAAAGAGAAAGAACCUUUCGAAGACAUCGACAAGAAGAUCGAAAAGCCCGUCACGACGAAUCCUAUUGAAUCUCAGCCCUCGGUCUCGUUUAAUGCUGUCGCUUCUUCCGAUAGAAGUUUGGUCAUCAAGAUCUGCAACAGGAACUCGCAAUUUAGCGUCGCAACGACCACUGUUACAAAUAGGGAAUCUGAGGAAAACAACAACGCCGAAGGAUCGACGUCGAAGGUGAGAAUGCCGAACGGUUCAGAAAUGGAGAAAGAUAUCAUUGGCUAUGAUCAAGCGAACGAGCUAGACGAUAGUGAUUCCGACAGCGAUAAACUGGCGGUAAUAGAUAGUAAUCCGGAAGAAGAUGAAGAAGUGGAAGAUGCCGAGGAGGGUGAAGAAGCCGACGAGACCGAAAAUAAAUGUGAUGACGCGGGAGAUAACAACCAAAGGAACCAGAAGGAAAACGAUGAAAUCGGAACUGCGACAUAUACCGACGGAUUAUUCUCUGUCACAGAAACGAUGCCGAUCGGUAACAACGAAAAAUGCGAAGGUAACGCAAUCGGAGAUGUUCCGAAUGAACAAGCGAGAAGUCAUACGAUUGACGAUGGUGGUAUCGUGUUGGCCGGCGAGGAUAUUCCGUGUAUUGACUUGAAUGUUGAAGGUACUCUAGAUAGUAUGGAGCUAGAGGAGCUGCUGAAACGUUGUAUAGAAGUGACCAGUCCCAUCUGCGUGUACUGCAAUCACGCGCGAUAUAUCGCCGUCAAUGGCAGGCAGCUCGCCCUGCACAUGUUGGCGGAGCACAAGUUUCAGCCUCAGCAUCCCGCGAUAAUUAUACACGCGGAACAGUUCAUCGCGCGGGUGAAAAGAUCUCUCGAUGAACUCGAAUCCCGUUAUUUUAAUCUAGACACAUAUAACAGUACAGACGGCACGUAUAAUGUGCCGAAUGUGCUGAUAUACGAGUGCUUUCAUUGCAGAUUUCAUUCAACGGUGCACAAAGAGCUGUACUUGCACAAUCGAAAGAUGCAUCAGAAGACCAUAUUGAUUUGCAUAAUGUGCAAAUCAACAUUCUACAGUUACAGUGAAUUGGUGUGCCAUCUAUGUCCUGGUGUUUACUCGUCGAACGCGACUUUGCGAUAUCGAUGCUGCCUCUGCUCGGUGGCGAAUCUUCCAUCGGCAUUCCGACUGAUGGUUCACGUGCGCAAACGUCAUCAUGCCUGCGACGUUUGCCUGGAAUCUACAGGCAAUCAGCAACGUCUCUCGAACCAUGUCUGGAAACAUAAAUUACAUCAUUUGUGUUACAGAUGCGGCAUUGCAUAUCGUAAUAAACCAGAUAUCACGAAACAUUUGUUCUGGAAGCAUGGCACGGAAAGCGUUCUAUGCAGAAAAUGUUUGCAAAAGAAGUGGCCACACAUAUAUCACUUCUGCAUACCACCUACGGCAUUCGUUUGUGAAGAAUGCGGUUCGAGCUUUGGCCGUGCGGUAGCGCUCAAGGUGCACAAGAGGUUGCAUUCUGGCGAUUUACCAUACGACUGUAACGAGUGUGAGCAACGCUUCAUAUCACGGAAGCUUCUCGCGAAGCAUCAAACAACUCAUAGAGAACCUGAAGCGGAGGAAGUUUACGUGAACGUGACGGAUGUGAUUAAUAUUCCAUUAAUAGACAAAGACGAAAAAUCAGACAAGGACAUAUCCAUGGUAACGACUAAUGGAGGAGAUCCGAUAACGACAGUCGAGACCACAUCAAAAAAUGUCAAAGAGGCUGUGAAAAAAGUGGUUGAUGUUUAUGAUUUGCCGCCGCUCAAUCUGUCGUCUGAAAGUGAUACCGAUAGCGAGGAGGAGAAGCCCACUUCUAUAGAAAAACCACCGGAAAAGGAAAAUGUGGAUGAGGAUGCGACGAAGAAGGACGAAGAAGGACCCACCGAAAAACCUGUUGUUACUGCUGAUGAUGAUGAUGAUGAUGUCGCCGCGUUGAAUAACGAUAUAGUCGAAGUAGAGCGAAACGAGGAGGAGAAAAAGCAGGAAGCACGUAUUAUGGAUGGCAUUUGGGACAACUUUAAAACAUACGCCGCCAGUUUGGAUGUGGAAGAAUCCGCCAAGAAUGUCGCGUUGAAAGAGAGCGUACCUGAAACCGAUGCUGCGUACUUGAGAAGUAUUGUCUUUUCCGAUCACGAUUAUUGUGUAGUAUAUUCCUCUGAGAAAGAAAAGGAUGAGGAUCAACCGAUUUCCAAGGAGGAUGACGUGAAAACACAAGAGAUCAAAGCUGGAAGAAGUCCAUCACCCGGCACUCCAAAUCGCAACGCUGGAGGUGACAGCGAUGUGAAUAAACGGAAAGCAAAGACUCCCAAGAAGAAGAAGCGAAGUGGCAGCACGUCGUCCACAAGUGAUUCCUCGAGCGAUACCGACUCGAGCAGUUGCUCGUGCGGCACCAACUGCAGCUGCAGCAGCUCAUCUUCUGGCAGCUCCUCUAGUUCUAGCAGCAGCUCCGAUUCCGACAGUUCCGCGUCCGAGAGUUCACCCAGAAAGCAAUCCGGUGGUCGUAAGGAUCGGAACAAGAAGGAAAGAGAAGCCACACGAGAGAACAAAUCGGAAUCCGUCGAACCGGAAAGCAAGCCUGAGAUCACGAUAGAAAAUGGUCCUGUGGUUCCUGAGGUAGUAACAAGCGAGCCUUCACCGGCGAAGCCACUCCUGCGGGAAUCUGAUUUGGAGACCGACGAGACUGAGACGGAUGAAGAUUUUUAUGAUGAACAUCCGCAACAGUUCGCUAACAAAUUAAUGGAGGAGAAACGCAAUCAAUUGGCUAUUAUAACGCCGGUAUCCACGCCAACCUCAACGCCGACUUCGACGUUGAUACCAGCGAUGGAACAACCAACGAUGCCGCUGAACAACGGUAUUCUGAUUGCAGAACCGACAUUAUCGGAAUCGAUUGCAAUGAUCAUCGAGAAUCAGCAACCACAGCGGCAGCAACAGCAACAGCAGAAAAGAAAAACAAAGACGAAAAAACGACGAAAAGGCGAAAGGAACGGUAAACGUAACUCAGCUACAACGGCCACCGUGGAAUCGAUCAAAUUGAACAUUCCCAAAGCGUUUUACCAGAAAAAUUCGGGAUUCGCCGCGUCAUCACAGGCUAUGCAUCCUGGUAGCAGAUCCUCCACACCAAAUCUAUUGUCGGUUGCAACAUGCAACGACUUUCACAGUGCCGCGAGCAUCGCAGUGGACAUGCAGCAAUCGCAACAAAUGUCAUCAGCUGCCGCUGUCGUCGGCAUGCCGAAUCAAAGUAUUGGUGGCAAUGGCGGCACGGAGACGGAGAAUAAAAGAGUUUCGAAGAGAAAACGCAUGCCAAAGCGCUUUUACGGCGACUCGAGUGACGAUGAGCCACAGGAGAAACAGUCAUUUGGUCGAUGGCGAAAAAUUGAGAAAAAUACCACCACCGCGACUACUACCACUACUAUUCCAGGUUUUGUGCCACCGCCACCGACGUCGAUGAUGACAUCGCCGAAUCCAAAACCGAUAACAUCGAGACUGUCCUUCGGCGGAAAGAGUAUACAGACCUAUAGUAACAGAUCUGCUCAGAUGGAACAGAUAGCAAAUCAGCAGCAACCAGUUGUACCCGAGGUGUUGCCACCGCCAGCGUCCGCCACAGAAUCCGAGGGUCCCGCGGAGAGCAGCAGCGACAGCAGCGAAUCCGAAGCGGAGAAUACUACGAGCCAACUUAAGAUUGAGCCGCCGACUCCGAUUGUUGGCGCAUCGACCACGGAACGACCCGGCAAGAUCUACUGUUACUGUCGAUGUCCAUAUGACGAGGUAUCGGAGAUGAUAGCCUGCGACGGUGAAGACUGCCGCAUCGAGUGGUUCCACUUUGAAUGCGUUGGCAUAAUGGUGCCGCCUAAGGGCAAGUGGUACUGCCCGGACUGCCGGAAGAAGCACGGGAUCGUGCAGAACGACGAAUACUGCGAUUGAUAGUUGCCGCGCGGGAGGACAACGGCAACGGCAUGUUGUUACCAAACUCGACCGAUCGGAUCGUUGCUUUUUAGGUGUAAUGCUAGAAUUUUCCUCCUUUCUUUUUCACGAUCGUACGAAAAGAAAAAAAAAAGAAGUUGCUACACUGUUCCACGUUGAUAUUUUUCUUAAGCCGAUAUACAGAGUGUUUGUACAUAACUAUGUAAAUACGUCCUAGAAUUAUAAGAAUGAAAUGAGGUUUUUUGUG